AACUGUGUUAACAUCUUCCAUUCAAAAGAUGCAGUUUGCCAGAUCGAUAAACCAUCACAAAGACACGGUAUUUAGCCAGUUUGUAUCUCAGCUGCACAUGUCGUAGGGUCAUAUAGAACGUUAAGGGCAUUGUAGAAUACCAUUUGAUCGCGAGAUCAUCAUGUUGUGCACACUUCUUGUGGCUUGUUUCGCUGUACUUGGACCCUUGGCUCAAGCUUCCCAAUGUGGGCGGAGACCUUCAGGCGCCCGCGUUGUGGGUGGAGAAGAAGCGAAGCCCAAUUCGUGGCCAUGGCAACUGUCAUURCGUGUUUACGGACGUCACAACUGUGGAGCCUCUCUUGUUGAUCCUUACUGGGCUGUAACCGCUGCUCACUGUGUUGGAAAUUCAAACCCGGCUGUCUACUCCSUCCUGGCAGGUGCACAUGAUCGUUCMAGAGGAGGCACAGAGUACAAGAUCUCCAGGGUCAUCGUUCAUCCUUAUUAUGAUCGUAGAACCAUUACGAAUGAUGUCGCCUUGCUAAGACUAUCAAGUCCUGCUCAACUAAACAACAAAGUUGGACUUAUUUGUCUGCCAAGACAAGGUGAUAGGGUACCAGCGAGAAAGCAGUGCUGGAUGAYUGGUUGGGGACGCUUUAAUCCAAACCACAAUUCUUUAUCUCCUCGACUAAAACAAACCUUCGUCCCAAUCGCCGACCACCAGACAUGUCGCAGGGUUAAUGGUGGUUCAGUCAAGGAAAAAAGCAUGGUYUGUGCAGGUGGUAAAGGAACGAGUGUUUGUAAUGGUGACAGCGGUGGACCGUUAUCGUGCGAGGAGAAUGGUAGAUGGGUGUUGCGUGGUGCAGCAUCAUGGGUUACCAAUCGUAGAUGUCCUGGGAACACGUACUCUGUGUAUGCUAGAGUCAGCGAGUUUAUCACCUGGAUAAACCAGCAAAUGAAAGGAAAUGGCGGUGGCGGAGGAGGAGGUGGUGGCGGCGGCGGAGGAGGGUCAAGACCGUUGGCUGAAGCUCAAGAAGCUUCAUGUGGGCGAAGACCUUCAGGUGCCCGCGUUGUGGGUGGAGAAGAAGCAGUCCCCAACUCGUGGCCUUGGCAACUAUCAUUGCGUGUUUCUGGACAACAUAUUUGUGGAGCCUCUCUCGUAGAUCCUAACUGGGCUUUAACCGCUGGUCACUGCAUCCGAGAUAAUUCAAACCCAAAUGCUUACUCCCUUCUUGCAGGAGCUCACUAUCGUCAACGCGGCGGCACCGUGUACAGCAUAACCAGGAUCAUUGCUCAUCCUAAUUACGACAGAAAUGUAAUGAACGACGUUGCAUUGCUCAAACUAGCAAGACCCGUCCAACUAAACGACAAAGUCGGCCUUAUUUGUCUACCAAGUCAAAGUGAUAGGAUAUCACCAGGAAAGAAAUGCUGGAUGACUGGUUGGGGUCGUUAUGAUCCUAAUCACAACAGUGGCUCGCCCAAGCUUAAACAAACUUUCGUCCCGAUCGCCGACCACCAAACAUGUCGCAGGGUCAACGGCGGUUCAGUCAGGGAAAGUACGAUGGUCUGUGCAGGUGGUACAGGAACGAGUGUUUGUAAUGGUGACAGCGGUGGACCGUUAUCGUGYGAGGAGAAUGGUAGAUGGGUGUUACGUGGUGCAGCCUCGUGGGUAACUGAUAGGAAAUGUCCUGGAGACACGUACUCUGUGUACGCUAGGGUCAGCGAGUUUAUCAACUGGAUAAAMCAGCACGUCAAAGGGAUUCCGGAGCCAAGUGGACCGCCAAGCCCACCUCCCCCACAUACCCCUCCCUCACCAAACACACCAGCACCCCCUCGACCAACUACUUCGUCGCCAGGGGGUUGCAAAGAUUUAUGGGGCUCWAGUAGGUGUAAAAUCUAUGCCAGCUCUUGCUAUCAGUCAUUCGUCAAGAAAGCUUGCCAAAAAACAUGCCGCCUUUGUUAAAAUGGAUUCUGUGUAGUUAGACCAUAACAUUGCAUUUAUCGAAUAAAAAUGUCUGCAACACCAUAAA